GGGAGGACCCCAGGAGGGCAGGCCCAGCGCUCCAGAACUCUGGCAGCCAAGGCAGGAUGUGGCCAGGCAGGAGUCCCAAGGGUGGCUCCCAGCUUCGGGGGCCUUUAGGGGAGGAAGAGUAAGCUGCGGUGACUUGGCAGGGAUCCUAGGUCAAGGUAGGGCAGGGGGCCCCUAAGACAGCUCUGGGAUAGGGUUGCAGAUAAAUCCCAGGGUUACCAGCCUGGGAUCUUACUGCCCAGAAACUCCCUCGCCACAGGUGGAGCUCCAACAAGGAGACAUCCAAGAGGACAGAGACCUUCAGGGCUUUUCUGGAGACAGGCUCCGCUGGCUGGAGUCAGUGCCUGGGGAGACCUGCAUGGACAUACCCAUCAGCAGCAGAGACUUCCGCUGCCUGCAGCUGGCCUGUGUGGCCCUCAGCCUGGUGGCCGGCAGCAUCAUCAUUGGUGUCUCCGUGUCCAAAGCUGCAGCUGCCAUGGGUGGUAUCUUUAUUGGCGCCGCCAGUCUGGGGAGCCUGAGAAUCCAUCCUCAGCCAGGACCAGACCAUGGGGAGGGAAUAUCCAGCACCAACAGCAAUAAAGAGGGAGCCCGCAGCAGCCUGUCCACCGUGAGCCGAACCCUGGAGAAGUUGAAACCAGGGAGCCGGGGGGCUGGCGAGGGCUGA